GAGCUGCCGGAAGCGGAAGCAGACUUCUAAGACCGGAAGUAGGUUGAGGUAACGAUGGCGUUGGCGGUGCUGGCGCUGAGGACGCGGGCAGCGGCCCUGUUGAGCCCUACUCCAGCCACAGCCCUUGCUGUUAGAUACGCAUCCAAGAAGACAGGUGGCAGCUCCAAAAACCUCGGUGGAAAGUCACCAGGCAAACGGUUUGGCAUCAAGAAAAUGGAAGGUCACUAUGUUCAUGCUGGCAACAUCCUUGGGACUCAGCGCCAGUUCCGCUGGCACCCAGGGGCUCAUGUGGGGCUGGGGAAGAAGAAGUGCCUGUAUGCCCUGGAAGAGGGGACAGUCCGCUACACUAAGGAGGUCUACGUGCCCAACCCCAAGAACUUGGAGGCUGUGGAUCUGGUCACCAGGCUGCCCAAGGGUGCUGUGCUCUACAAGACUUUUGUCCAUGUGGUUCCUGCCAAACCUGAGGGCACCUUCAAAUUGGUGGACAUGCUUUGAAAUCCUGGUUGAGGCCAUUGGACAGAGACUAGAGCACAGGUGACAGGAGACAGUGAUACUAGAGGACAUCAAGGGUUGGGGAGACAUCAAGGAAGAGGUCUGCCGAAUGGUGACUACAGGAGACUGCAGCAACUACUGGGAAAUCCUUCGGGAGAUCUGAUGUGGGCUUAAAUAAAACUAGCUGAAGUCACGAGUCUAUGCCAUUUGGAGACAAACCUGGGUGGGGCUGCUUACUGGCCUGCCGUCUCAUGCACACUAGAGGGAAAGGAGGAAAGAGGCCUGUCAGAGCCAGGGGACUUUGUUUAGAG